CUUCCUUUUCUCUUGGUGAAGCAAUUCUUUCUUUUUUCUUGUGUCGAUCGUCUGAAACUCUUGGGUUCAGUUAAGGUUUCUUCUGGUGUCAUCUAGCUGUCGGUUUUUUUGCGAACCAGACGAGUCGGUAGACAAGACGAACGAGAGCUCCAGAGCCCCUUUAAAGCACGAAGCCCAACGCCAAACCUUUCGCUCUCUCUCUCUCUCUCUCCCUCUCUCUGUGCCUGUCUCUCUGGAAGCCCAACAGUCUCGCCAUCCACUGCCCAGGCUCCCAAGUUGCUUCCCUCAUCAUGUCUCACGAAGAGGAGCACGAGGGCGCCUCUGUGGGGGAGAUCCUCAUCGAGGCCUGUCGGCGCGACAAUAUCGACCUGAUGAAGGAGACACUCGAGGGAAAGAGUGAGGCGGAGAUAGCGGACUUGCUGAACAACACGACCACCGUGAUGGGUAACCAUCUGUAUCAUGAGGCUGCUGCCAGGGGCAACUACGACAUCAUCGACUACCUCCUCGACCAAGAAAACUUCGAGUGCGACCCCGUCAACCGCGUAGAGGGCGACACCCCGCUCCACACCGCCAUCCGCUGGAUCAACAACGAGCCCGAGGCCCAGCGCGAGUUCGGCGACGCCCUCGUCGACAUGAUGCUCGAGGCCGGCUCCAACCCGCGCGUCAAGAACAAGGGCGGCCUGACCGCGUACCAGCUCGUCGACCCGCGCAACACAGGCCUCCGCGCCCUGAUACAGAAACAUGAGUACGCCAUCCUCAACAGGGGGGAUUUUGUGGAUCAUGCUGCCGACAGUGGCGCUGCGAACGGUGAGGGUGCACCGCUUGGCAGGAAGGAUGCCAUCCUGGAUGUGGAGAGCGAUGAGGAUGCCGAGUUCAGCGGGAGUGAUGAUGAGGAGAGGGCUGAGUGGGAGCGGAGGCGGAAGGAGAGGGCUGCCAGGAAAGGCUAGACAGCGGUUCCAUACACAACGGCGGUGGGUUGUUGAGUGCUGUGAGGAUGGGGGGGGAGGGGGGGGAAGGGCGUACAUAUCCGUGAAAAGAAACAGGGAGACGGGGGAGAAACGGGGGCUGAGUGCAUCUAGAGAGCGCAUGUGUUGGUCAAGAAGGCGCAGCAGGACAUUUUGAUUAGAAGGUCCUCCCGAUUUUUAUUAUUAUUUUGAGAUCGGAGGGGGGAGAUCACCGCUUAGAAAAAGCAUUCAUGCGGAUCAUUUGCAUAGUUUUUCUUGAGAUUACCUUUCCUGUCAAACUUGUGUAUGUCGUGGCGUGCUGUUGUAGGGAAGUGCGCUUCUCCUGGCAUUGGAAAUUAGUCGAGUUCUAGCUCUGUUCAAGGCGAACAACCUGUGUGCUGCGCCGUACAAUUAUGUAAAAUCUUUCUGAUAU